CACAGGAGCAGGCCAGCCUGGUCCGUCAGUUAGCUCCAGCCAGACCCAUUUCUUUCCGCCGGCCCUCCGACGCCGAAAAAAGCACGCCGUGCUGCCAGUGCCAAACCAAACAGCCAGCCAACCCCAUCACAAGACUUGCCAUCUCUCACCCGCUCCGUCGCCUACGGACCGACCGACAGCUCUGCCAGUCCCGAAUCUGCAGACCGCCGUCCGCCGCGCUGCCGAAAGACGCACCACAACCCCUCGUGCGUCUCCCUCGCGGCCAAGCAACACCCGUCCGUCUCCCACGCUUUCGUGCACCCUCCCGCGCCCAUAUAGCUUUAGUGAGAGGAAGUGGGCGUGGCUCUGUCCGGUAGGGGAUAGCAGUGUCGCCGUUCCCUCCCGUCUCCGCGCCCUGGUGAUCCAUGGUCCCCCAACCCAGACCGGGAACCUUCUCGCCGAGUCCAGCAGCGCAGCCCCUCUACACUGGCACCGCCCACUCUCCCCAUCCCUCUCACGCCGGUGCGCUGAGUGCGGGUGCCAGCCCAAGUACCAGCAGCCCCACUGGGUCGAGUUCCCUGACCAAGAUCGCAGUCGCCCAGGUUUAUCUCCUUCUGAGCACCAUCAAAGAGGACAAGGACGAUCCUCGCAAGUGGGAGUCACAGAUCGAGUCUCUGCGAAAGCUGCUCGAUGAACACGGCAUGGAUGUGUUUACAAGAUACUUCGCGCGACUGGUGGCCGCAAAUGCCUCCCAGAUCUUCCCGGGCCUCAAUCGGCCGGGGCCGAAUCCGGGAAAUCAUCAUUUGCUCGUAGCCGAGAUGAAGAAGCUGUCUCGGGAAUUCCCCCAGGCCAGAAAAAUCGCGGAGUCCAUCGAGACCGGCACCGAGGAUAUAUUCCGCGACUUUGACCUCUCCGGCUUCAUGGAACACUUCCAACUAGAUGCUCUCCAAAAGACAGUGCUGGCUCUGGCCUUCAAGCUCGGAUCUAGGGCCGACUUGAAGACUAAAGCCGAUGCCAUCUUAUCCACCAACUUCCCGACAUUUGUCAAUAUCCUGAGCCAAGCAAACGGAGAACAUCGUGACCUAGAUCCCGACUUCGUCGCCGAGCUUCUCGACCGCUUCAUCCAAGUGCACCCCCCCAACUUCAACGCCGCGGCGAAGCGGGAGUUGGAACACAAGGUGCAGCAGAGAUAUGCCCAGUCACCCGACGCCAAACCACCCCCGGCCCAAGUGCUCUCGGCGCUCGAUCUGGUGCGGAUGCUCGCUGAUAAGCCGCCCAACGCUCUUGCGCUCUAUAUCCACCGGACAGGUCCGGCGUUCACCGCGGACGAGGAGACGUGCACGAACUUCCUACAGAACCGCCCCACCAAUGUCCAUCUCAGCGAGGAACAAGUGUCGGUGGCAUUGAUGUACACGACCAUCAGCCAGACACCGCGGCAUAAUCCUUCGGUCCUCGUCGCUUCUCUCAGGCGCAUUCUCCCCGACACCUUCAGCUGGCAGGACGUGGUCUCCUGCUUCGACCACAGCGGGGCUCGGGUGACGUCGGCCCAGUUCUUGCGCCUGUACAACGCCCUGUUGCCGAUAGCGCAGGAGGACGGCGACCGCUUCGACAUACAGCGCUUGUGGGGUGGGGAGUGGGAGAACCCAGAAACACAGCUCUCCUUCAUUUGCGCGUUUGCAUCCCUCAAACCGGAACAACUGGACGCGACGACAAUCCCGAGGCUGAAACCGACCUUCACGGUAGAGGAGUACGCGCAGUCGUCGCCACAGAUACGAGAGACGGCAGCACAUGCCGUGAAGCACCCCCUCGUCUCCGAGGCGGCCCUUUCUGCCGUCUUUAACGUCGCGCUCCACUCGAUGCACGCCUCGCAGAGCAUCGAAGCCAAGCGCCUCUUUCAGGACGUGGUCAUCCGCAACCUGGCCAUCUUCGUGGUCUCGGCAUUCGGCGUCCCUAAGCCCUGGCCCAGCAUGGCCGAAGAUACACUAGUGUCGCUCUUCGAUAACUUCUUGACAAGAUCGCCCGAGGCCGACUUUGUCAUGGACAGCCUUUGGCGAAGGGACAAGGAGUGGGUCAAGCAGCGGCUCAUCGACGCGCACGCUCUGAAGCCUAUCUGCCUGCCGCUCAUUUUCGAGCACGCUGUCCGCCAGAACUGGCUCGAUGAGCUCGUCUACCUGCCGAUCGGCUUCGGGCUUGACCUUACCGCCCUGGCCCAUGCUGAAGGCUAUCUAGAUCUGCAGCAGUGGGCUCGAAGGAACGCCGAUAGGGCUCCCGAGAUGGCCAGGGCACUGCUCCAGUUCUUGUUGAUCAAGGCGAACUUUGAGCUGCAGUAUCAGCGCCCUCCGGAAGGCCAACCACCCAUCAAGGCGAGCACAACCUUGCAGGUUCGGACAGUCCAUGCACUGCUUCAGAUCCUGGAGGAGUUCUUGCCCAAGACGCCAAUGCAAGAGCUGAUUGUGGUUCAACGGACCUGCAUCACCGUGUACCCGAGGCUCAUCAACUAUGGGGAGGGCUUCGACGACAUCAUCGACGCGAACGGGCGCGAUGGGAAUGCGCUCCCGCCAGCCGCCAAUGCCAAGAUGGAGGAGCACUACAAGAAGAUGUACGGCGACGAGAUACAAGUUCGCAACGUUGUCGAGAUUCUGGAGCGGUACAAACGGUCCCGCGAUCCCUUGGACCAGGACAUCUUCGCGUGCAUGAUACACGGCUUGUUUGACGAGUACGCGCAUUAUGUCGACUACCCGCUGGAGGCCCUGGCAACGACCGCAGUUCUGUUCGGCGGCAUCAUAUCUCACAAACUGAUCUCGGAUCUUCCGCUGCAGAUUGGGCUGGGCAUGAUCCUGGAGGCCGUCCGAGACCACCAUCCCGAUGAGCCAAUGUACAAGUUUGGGUUGCAAGCUUUGAUGCAACUCUUUGGUCGCCUUCGGGAGUGGCCGGGCUUCUGCGCACAGCUCAUCCAGAUCCCCGGUCUCCAGGGGACCGAGGCAUGGAAAAAGGCAGAGGAAGUGGUCCGCGAGCACGACGAGGAACUCGCACGCUCCCGCAACGGCGCCGGCAUGGCCAAUUCCGGGAUCAUCGGGCACGACGGCUUGACCAACGGCAACCGGGAGGACAACCUAGGAUCGGAGCAGCAUCCGCCGCCGUUCACCUCGGUGAAUGUGGACCCGCCUCCGCCUGGUGUUGUGUACGAGGACCCUAGCGAAGAGGCCCAAGGGAAGAUCCAGUUCGUGCUCAACAACCUCACCGACACCACGCUGCAUUCCAUGUUCAAGGAGAUCCGCGACAUGCUGGAAGUCAAACAUCAACAGUGGUUCGCCAGCCACCUGGUCGAAGAGCGCGCGAAGAUGCAGCCAAACUACCAUCACGUAUACCUGGAACUCGUCAAGCAGUUCGAGGAUAAGGCGUUAUGGGCCGAGGUGCUGCGCGAGACCUACAUCAGCGUAUCACGCAUGCUCAACUCAGAGCUGACCAUGCAGAACUCUACCGAACGGGCGCACCUUAAGAAUCUCGGAGGCUGGCUUGGUCUCCUGACCCUGGCGCGAGACAAACCAAUCAAACAUAAGAAUAUCGCGUUCAAGCAGCUUCUUAUCGAGGCACACGAUACCAAGCGCCUCAUCGUCGUCAUCCCCUUCGUGUGCAAGGUGCUGAUUCAGGGCGCGUCCUCAAACAUCUUCAAGCCGCCUAAUCCUUGGCUGAUGGACAUUAUUCAUCUCCUAAUUGAACUUUACCACAAUGCCGAGCUGAAGCUGAAUCUCAAGUUCGAGAUUGAAGUUCUCUGCAAGGGCCUCAAUCUGGACCACAAAGCCAUCGAACCAUCCGGCGAGAUCCUUAAUAGGGCUCCCGUGGAGGAGUUGGGUGACAUGAUGGGCCCGGAAGCUCUCGAGAAUUUCGAAAAUCUCUCCCUCAACGGCAUGCCCGGGGUUAACAAUGCCCUCUCGUCACACCCGGCCUUUACCAUUCCUGACCUUGGGCCGAGCCUUUCGAUUCCUCAGACUGAGGUUGUCAGCGCUGCCAAGCUGCACGAGAUCGUCCGGCAAGCCUUGACGCGCGCGUUACAGGACAUCAUUCAACCCGUCGUUGAUCGCUCGGUCACGAUCGCGGCGAUUUCGACGCACCAGAUGGUUCGGAAGGACUUCGCGACCGAGCCCGACGAGAAUCGUGUGCGGACGGCGGCGAUCAAUAUGGUCAAGUCAACAGCCGGCAGCCUGGCGCUCGUCACCUCCAAGGAGCCGUUGCGCGCAAACCUCGCCAAUUACUUGCGCAACCUGUCCGCCGAUCUACCCCAAGGGCUACCCGAGGGCAUCAUCAUGCUGUGUGUUAACUCCAACCUUGAACUGGCCUCGAGCAUCAUCGAGAAGUGCGCUGAGGAACGUGCGAUUCCGGAGAUUGAAGAUUUGAUGGAGCCCGAGCUGGAGGCGCGGCGCCGCCACCGGCUUCAGCGGCCUUCCGAGCCCUACAUCGACCACGGAUUGAGCCGCUGGGCGAUGACCAUUCCUCACCCGUUCAAGCUGCAGCCUAGUCUCGGCGGCCUGAAUGCCGAGCAGAUGGCCAUCUACGACGACUUUGCCCGCCAGUCAAGGGCCAAUCCUGCCGCGGCGGGACCCCCGCAUGGACCGUCGGCGUCGGAUGCCAGGACUUUGCCCAGCGAGACUCUUGGCGAUCAGUACAGCGCUGUUAGCAGUAUGCCGACUCCUGCGGAGACUCCGUCAAUGCCCCAUCUGGGAGCGCAGCUUCAGCACUACCCGCAAGUGCACCUUGCAAUGGCGAACGGCCGACAGGCUGGGCUCAAUCAGAUCGACUCCCGGAGCAUUGCUGAUAGGAUCAACAAGCUACUCGAGCAGCUGACGACCACUGCGGCCAGCGCGACCGAGGAACAUUUCAGCGACCUCCCGAGGUCCCACCCGGUCUUGGACAUCGUCGACGCCCUGGUCCAGCUCGUCAUCAAAACACAGCAGACGUCCGAGGAGUUCGUGGCUUAUGCCGCAAACCAAAUCUCUCAGCUCCUCUUCCGUCAGCCCGAGGGCGAUCUUCUCUUGGAGACUUUAGUGCACGUUCUCGAGACUCUCCGCAAGAUUGCCGGGCCCGUGAUUAGCGAACAGAUCCGCCAGCUCUUCCAUCAGCAACCUGGGCAGUUGUUCCUCAGCCUGCCCCUCAUCACAGCCCUGCUUCCCACUGACCUGCUCGACUGGAGGAACAUCGAUGCCGCGACAGCGGAGCUUCUGCAGCAGCGCAAGGAGGGAUCGAUAACCUUCCUCGAGCAGCUCAUGGACCUCACGCUUCUCAACGACAGCCCGCUCGCCCUCUAUGCUGAUUUUGUCCGGAGCUUAGAGGAGGCGUGGUCGUGGAUCACAGAGGAGCCAGACGUCCCCGGGGCAGCACGCUUCAAGUCGAAGGUGCUGGCGCCGCCGCCUGAGCUACCCGCCAAUCUGUCCAAAGAGGAGCUCGAUGCUAUCCAGCUGGAUCAGAUGGAUUACAUUUUUGAGGAAUGGAUUCAUCUGUGCAACAACCGCUUUGCCACCGAAAAGUCCGCCAUGAUUUUCGUCCAGCAGAUGCAUUCGCGCGGCGUCGUUAGCAACAGAGAGGAUUUCCUGCUCUUCACUCGUCUGGCUCUCGACAAGUCUGUCGAGCGGUUCGAGCAGAGCAUCCAUUCGGACGGCGGCUUGACGGAAGCGUACCAGGCCCUUGAGGCACUGGUCAGGAUGAUCAUGAUCUUUGUCAAAUCCCACCAAGACAACGAGCAGUCGGCAGGUGUGGCGUUUUUGGAGUCGGUCCUGUCCCUCAGCGUGCUGGUGCUGAACAGUCACCAUGCCAAGAGGGGUGAGAGAUUUAACCAGCGCGUCUUCUUCCGGUUCUACUCGCUCAUCCUGCACGAGCUGGCGGAUCUGGCGAGGCAUCACCUAUCGGAGAGCGACUAUCAACAGUUCAUUCUGAAGUUUGCGGCGCGUCUGUACGAUCUCCGCCCCAGUCUGUACCCGGGCUUCAUCUUCGGCUGGACGGAGCUCGUCGCCCAUCGCAACUUCGUGCCCGUGAUCCUCCGCCUCCCGGACAGAGCAGGUUGGGCACCGUUCACGAAGCUGCUCACGCAGGUCCUCUCGUAUCUGGGGGACCUUCUGAAGCCAUUCAGCGUUUCGCCCCUGGCCAAGGGUAUCUACCACGGAGUGCUGAGGUUCUUGGCGAUCCUCCAUCACGAUUUCCCCGAGUACAUUGCCGCAUCACAUGUGGAGUUGUGCCAGAGCAUUCCACCCCAUGUGACACAGCUCAUCAACUUUAUCCUCACUGCCACUCCUCCCGCCUUCAACAAGGCGGCGGACCCCUUGCAGCCUGGGCUCAAGGCAGAUAGGAUUCCCGAGAUGAGGGAAGCUCCCAUGACGCUGUUUGACUCGGCCGGUGUGCUACGGGAGAUCGGCCUGCUCAACAUUGUGGAGCACGCGUUACAGAACGGCCCUUCGGAGGACGCCAUCGCUCAGAUCAACCACGCCAUCAACAAAGUUGAAGCCGAGGAGACCGCUUUUGGCUUCGUCCCGAUCGGGGUCAACCGUCGGGUCAUCGCGGCUGUGGUUGCGCAAUUCGCCCACUUCGCCGUCACCCGUGCUGGCUCUAAGAGCGACGCGCCCAUCUUCGUGCCCGGGGCGUCUGAUGUCAAGACGCUGCGAAUGCUUGUCACCGAAGUGUCUCCCGAGGCCAGGUACUACCUUCUGUGCAGCAUGGUCAAUGAGCUCCGGUACCCGAACGCGUCAACCAACUACUUCAGUCACGCGCUGCUGGAACUCUUUGGUCAGGACAUGUCGGACCCGGAGGAGACGGAUAUCCGCCAGCAAAUUGUGCGCAUCCUGCUUGAGAGGCUGGUUGGGUACUGGCCGCAGCCGUGGGGCCUCAUGAUCACGGUGCUCGAGUUGCUCAAGAAUGAGAAAUACCACUUCUUCGAGCUGCAGUUUAUCAAGUCGACGCCAGAGGUGGCCCAAAGAUUUGCGGAAAUCCUCCGCCCGGCUGCUUAAGAGUCUCAGACUAAACAGCACAACCGACUCUUUCGAGGAUGCACAGUUUGAACACGGGAAUGUGUCUGAACCUGCUUCAUCUUCCAUUCAACUAAAUCAAAGCCAACGGGGCUUGCAAGGGAGGGGGGAAGCCCCGUUGGCCGAAUUCAGCAAGGACCAGAUGGUCUCUCUAGUUAGCCCAUAGGGCGAAAAGGGCUGUGGGUAUGACACUUCAGAUUCAUAUGCCCAUGUAGUUUAUGGAACGCGUUGCUUUUUAGGCGCACGCCUAGAUCAAAAAAUAUCACGGGAUGGCGUUUGGAGGGUUUGGCCUACUUAGACAUUCAAGUAUGAUAUCUUCUUACGGUGCACGAGCAGGAACGGUGCUAGAUGGUUUCUUGACGACCAAUUGGCGAAGUGCAACUCUUAUGGUUUGGCUGUGACGUGUGCUCUUGUGGUAUCGGUUAUUGGUCAUGUAUGUACUGUACGUGAGUCAUUCAAAAUAAGGUAUGUCCAUAGUGGAUGAGAGGCUUU